AUGGAUGACAUUGCAAUCAUCACGCCUAUACAAGCCCAAACAGCGCCUGGUAUGUCCACGACGAGUAAGUUCUCAGCCGGUGCCCAAAGUAGUGCCCUUACGCCGCAUAGGCAGCUCAGCAGCGAUGGAUCAGGAGCGCAGGUGCAGAGUCCGAAUCGUCGCUCGUCUUCCGAAUCGAACCUCGCCCGACCGGCGUCGGGCGUCGGAAAACAAGAAACGCCCGCGACUCGACCUCUCGGAUACCCAGAAGCGAAAACGCGGUGGUAUGUUUGGCCUGUUGCUGGGGACCCUCAACAAGCCAAGAUCGAGGACAAGGAACGAAGCAAAAAGCGACAACUGAUUGAUCAAAGACUACAGACUAAGCUGCGCAAAGAGACUGACUCCGUCAGACGAGCUGAAGAAGCCCGAAAAGACAAACUGAACGCAAACCGGAAGGAGGAGGAUCUUCAACUGAAAGAUUCUGUCGUGCUACAAGCUCCGUCGCGGGCGCUUACCUCUCCUCGCCAAUUUCUUCUUACAUCUGACAUCAUACCCACCUCCUCCUCUGAUGAGGAUCCAUCACCUCUACCACCGGCGCUGGCCUCAGUACAACGAGGACAUCCACCUCCUCUAUACUACCUUCCUGCGAUCCUUACGCCUGCUCAAGAAUCAUACAUCCGACGGAGGAAGGCUCAGGUCCUGGAAGCUGUAGACGCUGAAUAUGCGGCUUUCCUGCAAGAGCGGUCCGCUGGCAUUGAGGAAAUUUCCGAAUUGCGCAAGGCCGUGGCUUCCGAAGAGGCUCGAAAGAAGAGUGAGACCGAGGAGAACGAGGAGCCACCGUCGAAAGAAGGAGCGAAGGACGUGGAGAUGGAGGUCGACGAUCGCGACAGUGCGACGAUGACGAGUAAGGAUGCGGAAGAGGAGUUGGAAAAGAAGGAGGAGCCGACGCCAGUGCCCGCUGAUGGGGACGACGCAGUCGAAUAUUAA